ACAGGAAAGGCGGCUGCGCACACAGAGACGCACGUAUCUACAAGCAGUUCAACGAUUAAACUAUUUGAAGGGAACUUUUACACGGAUUGGCUUCUUAAUGUAAAAGGAAAUUGUGGGAAAUAACGUCAAAUGCAAACACGCCGUGCAAGGUGCGUCGCCGGACAUUGAGGUGAUUUCUCUCAGCAUCUUCUCGGCAGGUUUCACUUGUUGAGCAUUACAGGACGAUGUCUUUCUGAGCAACAAGUCACCAAUUCAAAGGCCUAUAUUAUAAAUACGCAAAAAGUCCCUGUUUCCACCAGCUGAGAGUGGGAUGAGCAGCAGGCGGCCAUGACGCAACUGUACUACAAGACGGACAACUCGUCCUACCGGGACCGCAUCCCGCUGCGCAUCGUGCGCGCGGAGCCGGAGCUGUCCCCGCUGGAGCGCUACUACCUGAGCGCCGUGGAGAAGGGCGACUACGCCACCGUCAAGCAGGCCCUCGAGGAGGCCGAGAUCUACUUCCGGAUCAACAUCAACUGCGUCGACUCGCUGGGGCGCACGGCGCUGCUGAUCGCCAUUGAGAACGAGAACCUGGAGAUCAUCGAGCUGCUGCUGAGCUAUAAUGUGUACGUGGGAGACGCCCUCCUGCACGCCAUCCGCAAGGAGGUGGUGGGCGCCGUGGAGCUGCUGAUAGACCACAAGAAACCCCGAGGAGAGAAGCAGGUUCCCCCUGCCCUGCUGAACAAGCAGCUGUCGGACUUCAGCCCCGACAUCACCCCGGUCAUCCUGGCCGCCCACACCAACAACUACGAGAUCAUCAAGAUGCUGGUGCAGAGGGGCGUGUCCAUCCCGCAGCCGCACGCCGUGCGCUGCAACUGCUGCGAGUGCAAUGCCAGCUCGGACGUGGACGGCCUGCGGCACUCGCGCUCCCGCCUCAACAUCUACCGCGCGCUGGCCAGCCCGUCGCUCAUCGCCCUGUCCAGCGAGGACCCCUUCCUCACCGCCUUCCAGCUGAGCGCCGAGCUGCACGAGCUCAGCACGGUGGAGAACGAGUUCAAGGCCGAGUACGAGGAGCUGUCCUACAUGUGCAAGCAGUUCGCCAAGGAGCUCCUGGACCAGACUCGCAGCUCCAGGGAGCUGGAGAUCAUCCUGAACUACCGCGACGACCUCAACCCCCUGCUGGACGAGAACGGCAACGACCUGGCCCGCCUGAAGCUGGCCAUCAAGUACUGCCAGAAGGAGUUUGUAGCCCAGCCCAACUGCCAACAGCUGCUAGCGUCGCGCUGGUACGACGAGCUGCCGGGCUGGCGCCGGCGCCACUGGGCGGUCAAGUCGGCCACCUGCGUCCUGAUCGGCCUCCUCUUCCCGCUCUUCUCCGUCUUGUACAUGCUGGCGCCCAAGAGCCGCUACGGCCUGUUCAUCCGCAAGCCCUUCAUCAAGUUCAUCUGCCACACCGCGUCCUACCUCACCUUCCUCCUCCUCCUCAUCCUCGCCUCGCAGCACAUCGUCUCCAACGACCCCAACCGCCAAGGGCCCCCACCCACCCCCGUGGAGUGGAUGAUCCUGCCUUGGGUGGUCGGUUUCGUCUGGACAGAGAUCAAGCAGAUGUGGGACGGGGGUUUCCACGACUACAUGAACGACUGGUGGAACCUCAUGGACUUCAUCAUGAACGCUCUCUACUUGGCCACUAUCUCCCUGAAGAUCGUUGCAUUCGCUAAGUACAGCGGAUGUACGACCCGGGACAGCUGGGAGAUGUGGCACCCCACCUUGGUGGCCGAGGCCCUCUUCGCCAUCGCCAACAUCUUCAGCUCCCUGCGGCUCAUCUGCCUCUUCACCGCCAACUCCCACCUGGGGCCCCUGCAGAUCUCCCUGGGUCGCAUGCUGCUGGACAUCCUCAAGUUCCUGUUCAUCUACUGCCUGGUCCUGGUGGCCUUCGCCAACGGCCUGAACCAGCUCUACUUCUACUACGAGACCGACGGGGUCAAGAACUGCACGGGCAUCCGCUGCCCCGAUCAAAACAACGCCUUCUCCACGCUGUUUGAGACACUGCAGUCUCUGUUCUGGUCCGUGUUCGGCCUGGUCAACCUGUACGUCACCAACGUCAAGGCCGAUCACGAGUUCACCGAGUUCGUGGGCGCCACCAUGUUCGGGACGUACAACAUCAUCUCCCUGGUGGUGCUGCUCAACAUGCUCAUCGCCAUGAUGAACAACUCCUACCAGAACAUCGCUGACCAUGCAGACAUUGAGUGGAAGUUUGCCAGAACUAAGCUGUGGAUGAGCUAUUUUGAAGAGGGCGGGACGUUGCCCUCUCCCUUCAAUAUCAUCCCCAGUCCCAAAUCCGUAUUCUACCUCCUGGAGUGGUCCAAGAAACACAUGAUCAGGAGCAGCCGUCCCAGGCACCGCCAGACCAUCGGGACGUUGGGGAGGCGUGCAGCCGAAAACGUGAGACUAAACCACCAGUAUCAGGAGGUGCUAAGGAACUUGGUGAAGCGGUACGUAGCAGCCAUGAUCAGGGAUGCUAAGACCGAACAGGGGCUAACGGAGGAGAACUUCAAGGAGCUCAAACAGGACAUCUCCAGCUUCCGCUACGAGGUGCUUGGCGUGAUGAAGGGGCGGCGCCACAGCAGCUGCCUCACCCCGGUGGCGCCCGCCUCGGGCCUGGUCGUCUCGGAGAACGCCUUCACCUACUGCCCCAACAUGGCGCACGCCGACUCCCACAAGAAGAUGAGCCUGUUCAACGUGGCGGCCAGCGUGCAGCGGCCGGGACGGGAGCACUGCUCCCCCGGCGGGCUGCUCAACGGCACCGCCCUGCCGCCGCAUCGCAAGGCGAGGAAGGAGGUGGUGCUGUUGGUGGACAAGCACGGCGACCCGACCCCGCACCCCAAACCCAAGCCCCUCGCCCCGGGUGGGGGUGGCCGUGGCAUCGGGGGCGGUGCUCACCCCGGAGGUGGAGCCGGGGGAGCGGAACAGGUGGUGAAGGUGGAGGUGGAGGUCGCGCCAGAAGAGGUGAUGGAGGAGGAGGUGUGGGAGGAUGAGAAUAAUCGCAAGGACAAGUGAAAGCGAGGGAAUGAGCAAAGAGGGGCAGGAGGACCAGGCACAGCACUAGGGUGUGAAGCAGUGGUUCUCCACCUGGGGGUUGACUGAUGAUCAAGAUGGGGUCUCGAGGGUUUGAAGACUUGUUAGAUGAGUAGGAUUGAAUGAAUAGGUUUGAAUGGUCCAGUACGAAAGUUCCUGUUAUAUAUGACCGACAGACUGCCUGAGGAUUCAUGGUCAGAGGGGAACUGCUGCUCGUCACUCUGUGUGGUGAGGUACACAAACGUUCACCGGCACAUUGAUAUGUAGGCAGAUGCAGAUUUGGUUCAAACGAUGAGUGUGGAAGCGGAUAUGAUUACAUUUUUUUAUGAACUUAGCGUUGCAAAGUAUAUUCAACCUGAAAAUGGGGUCCCAGGUCGACAAAAGUUAAGGAAAUACCGAUGCAAACCUUUUGUUUUAAUAUAUUAUCUACUUUUCUCUUUUUGUACAUUCCUUCUUAUCCGCUUUUUUUUUUAUAAUGUUUUGGUAAAAAGGUUUGGGAAAGCAGGUCUUCAUCACCUCUCGCUUGAUUAUUGAAGUGUCCUUGAGCAAGCAGCCUUGACAUGGACAUAGAUCCUUUCAGGCUGGUGGUCGCCUUGCAUGGUUUACAAAGGGUGUUAAUGUAACCAUGUCCAACCAUAAUGGCCAUAGUGGCCACAGUGGCUUGAAAAGAGCUAUACAAAUGUAACUUAUUAACUGUUAAUCAGUAAAUCAGUAAACCAAUCAUUUAAUCACUUAAUUAAUCAACGGUAUUAAAGACGCUGUGUGUAGAAUUUAGUAUCAUCUCUAGAGGAACAGACUAAGCAGAAAUUUAAGAGGUAUGUUUUAAUGUGUGUUUAUCCCAUGAGAAUAAUAAUUGUGCUUUCAUGAACUUAAGCUCUUUAUAUCUACAUUCAGAGCUAUUCUACUAAGGGCACUGUGAAUGAACAGUAGCCCAGAACAGACAAACGGCUCUAAAAAAAACAUUGCUAAGAGCAAUAGGAAGAAGGCCAAAAGACUUUGACCCAUUUGUUAUUUCGUUACCCUGUGUCGGAGGGGAGCAUCGUUGUGAGGGAUGUUGUGUACGAGAUGUGUUGGAGACCACGUGAAGGGGAAGCUUUCCCCUCUCUCGGGCGCAGACAUCCAACUCAACCGCCGAACAGACGGUUCGUCACACAACCGUAAACAACGUGGUGUUAUAUAUAUAUAAGUGCAAUAAGAGGACUGUUAAGCCUAUUAAGAUUCUAUCUCUGCUAUGUCGUUCAACAUGUACAGUGACCAAUGGUGACUAUGAAAAUAUUCCUGGUUGCAAUUGGUUCAAUUCAUUUAUUCCCAGAAUCGAGCCGUCAAAAAUCAACGCUUUUUUGCUAACCUGAAAUAUAUUUUGGCCCCUUACACAGUAAAGGCCAAUACAGGCCAUCCUAGAUGCUGGUAAGGGAGGG